AUGUCUUCUAACAUCUCACGCAAUAUCUUGAUAUCAUGUCUUUUACUCGCUGUACUAAGCCAGACGCUACCGGCUUCUGCUGAGCAGAUCUGGCAAAGUAAGCCUUGGAUUCGAAAGUAUCCAUGCAGCCGUGGAUAUCAAGGCAUAGGUUCAAUCGAAAUCAACCCGUUUUGGAUAGACAGCUUUAGAGGAUCGUGGACUAUUGAUGCAGAGAGUAGGUCCGCGAGCUUGGAGCUGAACAUCCUAGCGGUCCAUAACGCAUCGCUCAUGAGCUGUGAGGAUAUUGAUGUUUCUUCACUAAGAAACUCGAUUGACUUUCAAGUCCUUGGCCGCUCAGUUGGAAAGUUGGAGAAUUUCUCUAGUAACUGUCCUCUACCCAUUACUGAUACUCUGACGCCAAUUGAAAAGACACGUUUGAGCUCUUAUCAUCUGCUUUACAGCUUUCAAAACACACAUCAAUUUCAAACUCUCGAAUCAACGUUCCGUUUCAGACAAGAUGAUGGCCAAGAACUGGACUGUGGGAAAGCGAAAAUCACCCCGGAACUAGGCGACAGCAUAUCAGCAGUUUUGAAAUUCAUGCCACUUGCCAUUCUGAUCAUCGUCGUUCUCUCAUCAUGGCGAGUGAACCAGAGCAGCCUCAUCUAUACCCAUGGCCUCAAUGCUAGCUCAUUGUGGUCAGUCAUUCUGGACGUGACGAGCUACCUUCGCUACCUGCAAUUCGCUUUCAUAACGGCAUCAAUGAGCAUUGAAUAUCCGGGCUUCUUUGUUCCUGCAGUGAGCGAGCUCUCCUGGGCUUCCUUGCUAUACUGGUCAGGUCCAUUCAGCAACGGAUAUAUGUAUGAGGGACCGACCGGUGGUAUGUACACCAGCAAUGCCUCUUAUGGACUUGGUUUCAUGACGCAGAUGCUUCGAUACCCAAAUAUGCUCAAUACCUUGGCGAACUCCCUGAUCAAUCUCAUCAUAUUAAUAUGCCCGAUAUUCUUUCUAUUCUUAGUCUCAUUCUGGACCUUCUCCCGUUCGAGUUCGGUGCAUUCGCCUCCUUUUCUUUCAAUUCUGCAGAAGGCUGCCUCGUCCACUAUUGGCGUUGCACUUUGCUUCUUCAGCGUGCCAUUACUUUCAUACAUCUCGUAUGAUCUUAUCCUGACUGGCUACCUGCCAAACUAUCGCAUUGGCUUAGCCGUCGUAAUGCUACUCAUAAUCCUUGCAGCCGGGCACUUUCUCGUCCAAGUGCUGGAUGGCCAGGCAGGUGACCAACUGAAACCACCGCAAGUCAGCCGAUUGGAAACAAAUAACCCCAGUGUGGAUUUCCAUACUCUUUGGCGGCUACUUUCUCGCCAUAUCCCUCAUACAAUGCCGCUUUUACAGGCGAUCGGCGUUGGGAGCCUGCAAGACUUUCCUCUUGCCCAGCUCUUCAUGCUAAUUGCUUGCGAAGCCUUCAUCAUUAUUUCAUACUUCAAUUCAAAACGAAGCAUGCUGAUUAAAGCAUCAACAACGAUGUAUGUAUCAGCAAUGCGAUUGAUCAUUUUGUUCCUCAUCAGUGUAUUUGCUAUGCCCAUUACCGAAGCUACGAGACAAGGGGUUGGUUACGUGGUAUUAUGUCUCCACGGAAUGGUCAUCUUGAUAGGAUUUCUGAUCAAGCACACUUGGAAGGUGUAUAAGACAAUAUUCAGAAGUACAUCUGUCGAUCAAAGCUCUUCAGCCCACUCCACCAGCGGAGAAUCGAACCUAAGUAACUCUUUCAAUAUGAAUUCUCUUGAAGCCAAUUCGACAGCCGAUUUACUUGAAUAUCGCCAGGCCCCAAGCAGAGAACCCUCGACAAGAGAUUUCCAACCAGACCCAUCGACAUUUUACAGGCCCCCACGGUCAGGGGCAAUAAGCCCUGCUUAUCACGCACCUCGACUAGCCGCUGUUUCAACAACUCCAAGAUCACCCAUAGCUGGUAAGAGCAGUCCUAGCACAGGGCACUUCAGCAUAGAUCUGGCACUGUCGGAAGUAGCACUUCAACCAGACGUCGACUACUCCUUACGCGAGUCUGACAGGUUUUAUGGAAUUGACGAAGAAAGGGUGUUCGUCUCGUCAACCUCAUGUCCAGACGUGGACACAAAUCCAGGACCCUCAACAGGAAUAAGGCCACAUGGAGCGGGUAGGCAGAAUAAGCUUGUGGCUGGGUUUACGAACGUAUUUACUAGGCCGAUGCCAAAGGUCCGGGAGAAAGGGUUUCAGGUCAAGAGACCGCCGCGGCCAUCCUAA